AUGGCGGCGCCGGGCUGGGCGCCCACCCACGUGCGGGUGACGGUGCUGCGGGCGCGGGGGCUGCGCGCCAAGGCGGCGGCGGGCGGCAGCGACGCGUACGCGGUGAUGGCGCUGGGCCGCGACAAGUUCCGCACGUCGGUGGCCGAGCGCUGCCGGGGCGAGCCGCUGUGGCGGGAGGAGGCCACGUUCGAGCUGCCCGCCAAGGCCGCCGCGCUGCGCCUCACCGUGCUGCACCGCGCCCUCACCGGCGCCGACAAGUUCCUGGGCCGCGCCGAGGUGGAGCUGGGCCCGCUCAGGGAGGACGGCGGCCGGCGGCACACCAGGUGGUACAAGCUUCGCUCCAAACCUGGGAAGAAGGAAAAGGAGAGAGGGGAGAUCGAGGUGGACAUCCAGUUCAUGAGGAGCAACAUGACAGCCAGCAUGUUCGAUCUGUCCAUGAAGGACAAGCCCCGCUCUCCCUUUGGGAAGCUCAAAGACAAACUCAAGGGCAAGAGGAGCAGUGGUCUCUCAGACACAGCGUCAGCCAUCGUCCCCAGCACCUCCCACUCCCCUGCUGACAGCGAGGAUGAGGCAGUGGAGAAGGAGAAGAAGAAAUCCAAGUUCAAAGCGCUGUUCUCCAAGCCUGGCCUGCAGAAGUCAUCGCUGUCCCAGUCCAUGUCAGUGCUGCCCACCCAGCAGCCCCUCACCCCCAGGGUUCGCCUGCGGCCCAGCGACUUCCAGGCACAGUGGGAUGAGGAGGAGGAGGAGUCCCAGACCUCUCCUGCCUCAGAACGAUCCUUUGAAAGCGUGCCAGAACAGAAGCCAGCUCCUUCUCCUCUGUUCAAAUCUCGCAAACCAGCCUUUUUGGACAGUAGGCAGCUAACCCAGGGAACCACCAACCACACCAAAAAGGAUGGGCUCUCUUUGUUCAGUGGCCUUAAAUCCAAAAACGAUCCCGUGUCCAAGUCCAGUCUGUGCAUCAAUGGCAGUCACGUCUAUAUGGAAGAGACCACGACAAAGGACAAGACUCCAACCUCCUCCCCUUCUCCUCACAACCUCAGGAGGAAGCAGCUCUUUGCUUCAGAGGAGAACCUGUCCUCCAGGUCCACUAAACCACCUGAAGAGAUGGGGAGAACCUCUCCUGGGCAGGCAUUCUCUGGCUCCACAUCCUUGGAGACCUUCAAAUCCAUGACUUUGCCAUCAUACAAACUGCUCAGCAGUGAGGAGCACCUGGACACCAGCGUUCCACCAAGCAUUGAGCCUCUUAGAGAGACCAAAAAACCAGACCACAAAAAGUCUGCCUUGCUCUCCCUGGUCACUGGGAAGAAGGAAACGGUGAAGCCCAGCGAUGCUGAGAUUAUUCCUGACAGGACCCUGCAGAGUGAGGAAAAUACAAUUCCAGAAGAGAAGAGUGAGGAGGAGACCAAAUGCCCUGAAGCCCCAGCAGAUGUGGGCAGAGGGAGCCCCUCAGGAGAUGCUCACCAUGCAGAGGAGACCAUCACAACCAAGCAGCAGCUCAGCCCUUGUGAGGAGGAACAGAAACCUGAGAAAGCUGCAGCAGCCAAGACCAAAGCUGUGAAACCCAGACUGGGCCUGUCUCCAGAGGAGGAACCCAAAGCCACGCUUCCCACCCUUGCACCUGCCCCCCUCCCUGCUUUCCUGUCAGUGCACCCUAUCAGCAGUGCCAAUAAUCCUUUUAUUUCUGAAGUGGGGCAGACAGUCCAAGUGCCAGACUCUGAAAUCAUCACUCCUGCCUCUCUUACUUCUCCUGCUUUUGCUGCAGAGCUCUGGAAUGACAAGAACCCUUUCAGUGCUGAGUGGGACAGGGCAUCCAGAGCCCUGGAUCCCAACAGCAUCACCCAUUUCCCUUCAUCCCAUCAUCCUGCAGCCUCUGUUCCCUCAGUGCCUCUUCCUGGGCAGGUCUCUGCCAGGGGCAAUAAUCCUUUUGCUGCUGACUGGGGGCAGGGUCCUGAGGGCUCUGAGGCUUCCCAGGGUCUCUGUGACCCACACACCCCUUCUGUCCCCUCUGGCUGUCCUUUCAAUGACAGCAAUCCCUUCGUGUCCAGGCGUGGGGCACAGGCAGUGCCAGCUGCCCGGGCUGGUUCUGCCCCUUCCUGCCUUCCUGCUGGGGAGGAUUGUUCCUCUGCAGGACCCCCUGCUCGUGCUGCUUCAGGGGGCUCUGCACAGGUGGCUUUGACCAGCCAUGUCACAGCUGUGCCACACCCUCUGGGCACCUUGUCUGGCCCCCCUGGGCUGGCUCCAGAGCCACGCUGGGAUUCUGCCCGGCUUCAGCCUGGGGGUUCUUUGGAAAGCAGCAAGGCAGGCCCUGGGAAAUGUGUGUCCUUUGUCCCUGGGGGAUGGCAGGGUGUUCCAUCAGGUGAUGCAGGUGGAGAGCAGCCCCUGGAUCCCAGGGGGAGGUUACAGAUGAGCUCAGGGGCAGCAGGAGAGCCAGCAGGGUUUGGGGGUGACCCAUCAGCAGAGCUCUCUGGGGACAGCACACAUCCCACCUGCAGCAGUGAUGGAGCAGCUGUGGAGGUCACUGGUGUGAGCAAAGGUUUUGUGUCUCUCUCCAAGUGCAGUGACAGCCUCGUGGCAGAGGCUGAGCAGGCACAAUGCCCCAAGAGUGAGCUCAGGGAGGAGCAGGAGCCCUGUGGAAAGCAGCGGGCAGAACAUGUGCCCAUGUCAGAGCCCCAGGCACCUCCACCUGCUGGCAAUCAGCCACUUCCUCCAGUCCAGCCCACACUGGGAGCCUGCAGGGUGUCCCCUAGGGAAGGGGGUGCAGGGAGGGCUGGCAGGGAGCUCCCUGUGCCCCCCAAGCCAGCCCCACGAGUGGCUGUGCUGCUGAGGAGACCCCCAGGGACCCCCCAGGCCGAUGCUCCUGCUCCAGGGGAUGCUGCAAAUCCCACCCCAGGGCUCCCAUUCCCCGAGGCCUCAGCUGCUCAGGGGGGCUCCCUGGGGACUGUCACCCCUGCAGUGGCACCCAGAGGUGUCAGUCCCCAAAGAGGACAGAGCAGGCCUGUAGAAAAGGAGGGUGGUGAUGGUUUGUCUGUCUGUCUGACAAAUGUCAGCUCUGCCCUUCCUGUUCCUGGGGAGCGCGGCUCGGUGCUGCCCGUGAUCCCUGAGGGAGGCUCUGAUGAGGAGCUGCUGGGGGACUGCCAGGACAGCUGUGGGGCCACUGCAGGUGACAGAGGUGUUCUGGGGAGUGGGGGGCAGCCCAGAGGUGUGACAGCUUUGCAUGGAGAGCAGAGACAGCUCUCUGAUAGCUCUGCUGCUGCUCCAGGAGGAGGAGGAGCAGGAGCCGUGCCUGGUGCUUGUGAGCCAGGGAGCUUGGCUGAGCUGCCAGGCAGCUUGGCUGAGCUGCCAGGGAGCUUGGCUGAGCUGCCAGGGAGUUUGGCUGAGCUGCCUGCUGCACUGGGGGCUCCCAGGGUCUCUGUCCAAGGAGCUGACUCAGGUUUAGCUGUGACAUCUCAUUCCAAGGAGCGUGACACUCAUUCUGAGAAACAACAGCUGGAGAGCAGUGCAGGUGCUGAGGAGCGUGCAGAGUGUGACUUCUCUGAGCCUUCUGCUUUCUCUUCCUCCCUGUCAAGUCCUUGCCAGCCCCACUCUUCCUCUCAUUCCCUCCUCUCUGACACCCUGAGUUGUAGAGCAGAGUCUCCGAAAAAGCCGAGAGCCGAGGGCUUCGCAGAUAAAGCGCCAAAUUCGGGCAAGAAGAAACUUCUCCAGGCACGGGUCUCACCCUCUGAAACGUCCCCUAACCACCCCCCAUGGGGUGAAACCGUGUCUCCCCAGCACAGACUCCAUCCUGUGAAGCCAAUGAAUGCCAUGGCAAACAAACCUCAGAGCAAGAACCUGAAUGUCAUCAGCACCAUGAAUGAAAAGCUGCUGGAAAUGAGUGUGAAGAAAUACGAUCCCUCAGACCCUGCCUAUGCCUAUGCUCAGCUGACACACGAUGAGCUGAUCCAGCUGGUGCUCAGACAGAAGGAUACCAUUACCAGGAAGGACCUGCAGGUCAGGGAGCUUGAGGAUUACAUCGACAACCUGCUGGUCAGAGUCAUGGAGGAAACCCCAAACAUCCUCAGAGUCUCCGUGUCUGGCAACAAAAAAGCUGGGAAGAUGUGAAGGGUCUGGUGGGCAAGGACUGAAUCCCCCUCAGGGGAGGGUGAGGAGCUGCUGGUGCUGCUCGUGCUGCUCACAGAAAAUGAGUUUUUCCUGUUCCUGCCUUGAGCAACCCUCAGAUUGAUUAAUCGUUCCAUCAGGUCACCUUGCUGUAUUUAUUUUCUUGGUUUCUUCCCAUUAUUUGGGAAGGUCAGGCAUUAAUGCCAAGGCUGUGAUGGGAAGGAGGAGGGUUUUUGAUGUGUUUUGCUUCCCAGCAAGGCACUGAUGAUCCUUUAGGAAGGUUUUUUUUUAAAUUGUUUUGUUUUGUAGCAGCUUUUAGAGAUCAGUUACUUUUCUUUCCACAUCUGAAGUUGUAGUGCAAUAUAAAUCCUUGGACAGUAGAGCUUGAGGAUUUGAUUGUUUUGAAAAUAAUAAUAAUUAACUACACUGGAGAAAUCCAAAGAUGGCCCAGCUUCAGAGGGCUGAAGGAAUUUAAAUUUAAUUUAAAAGGAAUUAAUGCCCUGACUGUAAGCUGACCAAAUCUCAGUUCAUCUCAUCAAGUGGACAUUCCCAAGAGUCCUUCAAGGGAAAGUUUUCAGGUUUUUUGGAGUAGGAGACAUUGAAGUUCAUGGUAUGUUUCUACCAUAGGAAUGGCAUUAAUUUAGCCCAAAGGUACAUUUUAAACCAGAAAUUGUUUUCUUAGUGUCUUAAAUUUCUGUUUUGGAGGCUAUUCAGAGCAGGCAGAGGCUGCCCUGGCUCUGCCCCUUGUGCCCUGUGGGAGCUCUCUGACCUUCUCCUUUUUGAGGGACACAGAAAUCCUUUGGGGUUUGGGGCUGGGCUCACCUUAAAGACCCUUCCAAAGGUACAUUUUAAAUCAGAAAUUAUUCUCUUAGUGUCUUAAAUUUCUGCUCUGGAGCUUGUUCAGAGCAGGCAGAGGCUGCCCCAUGCUCUGCUCUCACCCCUUGUGCCCUGUGGGAGCUCUGUGACCUUUUUCUUUUUGAGGGACACAGAAAUCCUUUGGGGUUUGGAGCUGGGGCUCACCUUGAGGACUCUUCCAAAGGUACAUUUUAAAUCAGAAAUUUUUCUCUUGAUGUCUUAAUUUCUGUUUUGGAGCUUGUUCAGGCAGAAGCUGCCCUGGCUCUGCCCCUUGUGCCCUUGGGAGCUCUCUGACCUUCUCCUUUUUGAGAAAGAAAUCCUUUGGUGCUUGGGGCUGGGGCUCACCUUGAAGGCCCUUCCAAAGGAUGGUUUACCAGGGUAGGGAGAGUCCAUGGAAGGCUUAGAGAGAAGCUGGGAAACCAACAGAGCCCUGCAAAGGACCAAAGCUUCAUGAGGACCAAAGCUCAAACCUUUCCAGCCUUAAUUCUAUGGAAAUAAACACUCCUGCCUUUGGAAAUGGUUGGGUUGUGGGGUCACUCCUGGCCCAGGGGUGAGUUUCUAAUUCCAUUUUUCCACAGGAAAGCACUUUAGGUGCAGCUCUCACCCUGUGAGCAGUCUGCUUGCAAUGUCACAAACCACUGGAGAUCCCAAAUGCUGGAUUUUGUAGCCAGGAGCAGUUUGAUAGAUUUGCACAGAGAUGUAAACAUUUAUUAGAAAAAUCAAAGAAAUGCUCUAAAUGACAUUUUUGUUCUUGUUACCAAAGUCUGGAGCUUUACUGAGCUCUGACCUCCAACAAGCCUUAAGAGCUGAGAGUCUUGCAAGACUUCAGAUCUUUGAAUCUCAUUUUAGUGUUAUUUGAGCAGUGAGGGUGCUCUGUCCUUGCUGCUGCCCCCUCUGCUCUGAGUGAGGCAGCCUUGGUGGUGGUUUCAUUCUGAGUGCUGCUGCUGCUCCCUCCUGUGCCUUCUCGAGUGAGGAAGAUGAAGGAUUGAUUUGUUUCCUCCUCUCUGCACACAGGAUCCUGUACCUCACUGAUCAAUUUGUAUUUUAGACUUCUUUUCUCCGCUGGGAAGAGUGACCUGCACAGGACCAAAGCAAUAAAUAAUACUGUUACUCAGAAAAUAAUGGUAUUAUGCAGAAAAUAAUAUUAUUAUGCAGAAAAUAAUACUAUUAUGCAGAAAAUAAUAUUAUUAUGCAGACAAUUAUUCUGCUGUUAGCAGAGAUGAAGCCUUAACACUUGGGCAGCCUUUCUGUGCCAGUUGCAGCCCUGGGUGUUGGGUGAAACCCAAGCUGAGCCCAGCUCUGCUGUCCUUGGGGGCACAGGGGGGGUCCCAGUCCUCGACCCCCUCAGCCCUCACACCUCAUUUUUAUUGACAACACUCAUUAAAUCCUUCUUUUAAUGUGGGGGGACUGGCAUUUUACAUCCUCAAGGGCCUUAAGAAUCAAAUUUCUUGUUUGUUAUUGAAGGAUUUCGUGCAUGUUCCCUGUUUGUACUCUCUGCUUUUAGCCCAGGUACUGUUUGUUUGGUUUUAAACACUUGUUGGUUUUAUGGAACACUAAAAUAAAGACAAUUUAAACCCAGA